GCACCGAAGGUCACUGGCACUUGGAAUCUGCGGCAAGCAAUGACAAGAGAGACCCUUGACUUCUUUAUGGCUUUCGGUCCCACCGGGGGAGGUCUGCGAAAAUUCUGGGCAAGCUGAUCAAGCAGCAGGUAUAUGUUCUUUGACCGUUCACUUAAUAUCAACGCCGGAGGGGACUUCCGUCUUCGGUCCUAGAUCUUGGCGCUGUGGGUGAAAUCGGGCUCAUCAAUGAGACACUUAUCACCAUGCAAGCCAUGGGCUCAGCAGGAACCUGGUUAUCUGACGAGGGGCACGUACUUGAGAGUCUUCAGCAAGCCAUCCUGGAAUCGCAUUCUCCUCCUUGAUGAGCACCCACCUCCAUUUUUGUGAAACGCGAACCGCCGCCCCCACGAUCGCAGGUCUGGAAACAGCAGACCCAUGCCAAAUCCAAGCGUGCGACCGAUGUGAUCUCUCGAGGCCAUGCUAUCCAUCUGCCCACACAUAGAACAAAAGAGUUUGCAGCAGGGAGACAGUAUAGCUGCGGGAAAUGUCAUCCGGGACCUGCUAAUCCGGGCCGAGAAGGAUCAAUCGCUGCUGCAUCGUGUUGAGGCUAGAGAAUUGAUAAAUGCGAAGCUCUUCGAGUUGGCUGCUACCAACUGGGCCGAGGUUCAGGAAAUGGAUGUGACCGAGCGACUGGAGAUGGUGAUCGAUUCGCUCGUCGCGAUGGAAAUGAGAAGCUGGAUGCGGCGGAAAUUGGAUCUCGGACUCGCCAUGCCACAAAUUGCCAAGGCCAAGACUGUUCGGGGUCUAAUGGUCUGGCCAUGAGAAAACUUCAUAUGAAAAAUGCGGCUGGUGCUGAUGCAAAAGGAGAAUGGGUAGUGGACACAACACUUUUUUAAGAAUAGAAGAGACUUUGUGUGGGUAGGAGGCAAAAAACGUGGUUCAGACUGACGUGGUGGCUUAUCAAUAACUUCUUAGAUGAUGGUCGAAUUGAUGAUGGGCAU